CCUCGGCCGACCCCUCCGCUCUCUCGUCCUCUGCGUGUUCCAAACUUCUGCGCAAACUGCUGCGUAAAACAUGCGUCGCUUGGUUUUGUAGCGGGUCGUGUUGCAGAGUUUUUCGCAUGGCCGGAGCUUGCUGCAAGUGUCCAGUGUCUCUGUCCGUGUUUAAGCGUUCUCUGUCGGUGGCUCCGCGGGGCUCUGGGGCUCCUCGGUCCCUCCUUCCGGGCUGGAGGCGAGGGGAGCGGGGCCUGCAGGAGGCCGCCCGACCCUCCAGCGUCCUCAGACCCGCAGGCUUCUACCGACACACGACCUUCUUCUGUUUGUCCUGCCAGGAGUCCAUGAGUGAGAGUCUGCGGACCUGCUACUUGUACCUGAACCAAACCAGCCGCAGUUUUGCUGCUGUGAUCCAGGCUCUGGACGGGGAGCUGAGACAUGCAGUUUGUAUUUUCUACCUGGUGCUGCGAGCGCUUGACACAGUGGAAGAUGAUAUGAGUAUUCCUCUGGAUAAGAAGGUGCCCAUGCUGAACAACUUCCACACCUUCCUGUACCAGGAUGAGUGGUGUUUCACAGAGAGUCAGGAGAAAGACCGGCAGGUUUUGGAGGACUUCCCCACGAUAUCACUGGAAUUCAGAAACCUUGCUCAGGAGUACAGAGAGGUCAUUUCAGAUAUCUGCCACCGUAUGGGAGUGGGAAUGGCCGAAUUCCUGGAGAAGAAAGUGGGAUCCAUGAAAGAGUGGGACCAGUAUUGCCACUAUGUGGCAGGGCUGGUUGGCAUAGGACUGUCUCAGCUGUUCUCUGCGUCCCAGCUGGAGGACCCUGAGGUGGGGCAGGACACUGAGCUGGCCAACUCCAUGGGUCUGUUCCUGCAGAAGACCAACAUCAUCCGAGACUAUCUAGAGGACACACAGGAGGGACGUGCCUUCUGGCCACAAGAGGCGUGGAGCCAGUUUGCAGGUCAUUUGGAGGAUUUGGCUCAGCCUGAGAAGCUGGAGUCGGCCUUGUCCUGCCUCAACCUCCUGGUCACCGAUGCUCUGCGCCAUGUCCCAGAUGUCAUCACUUAUCUGUCCCGCCUCCGCAACCAGAGCGUCUUUAAUUUCUGUGCUAUUCCUCAGGUGAUGGCGAUAGCGACAUUAUCGACGUGCUACAACAAUCCCAUGGUGUUCCAGGGAGUCGUGAAGAUCAGAAAGGGUCAGGCGGUCACACUCAUGAUGGAAGCCACUAACAUGAGAGCGGUGCAGACCAUCAUCACCCAGUACAGUCAGGAGAUUUUACAGAAAGUGUCCCUCACUGACCCGUCGCGGGAUAAGACGCUGCACAUUCUGGCUGUAAUCCGAGAGAAGUCAGCCUGGUCACAGUCUAGCCUCCCCCCCAGGACCCUCCACCUGACACCUAUGUAUUUGUCCGCCGCCAUGCUGCUGGCCGCUCUCAGCUGGCAGUACCUCAGUACGACAGCCGCUCAGGCUCAGGGAACAGGAGACAUGCAAGGACAAUGAGACCCUCACAGACUGAGAAAACCAUCUGCGCUCUCGCCACUCUGGAUCUCCUCUGACUGUGGAAAAUACGCACUUGUCCCCCACUCUGCCCUCCAUUUUAUGGCCGUUCCAGGACCUUGGACUCCAGGCUGUGGAGGGUUACUGCUGGCAGACUCAUUAGUUGGAUUCAUAGUUAUUUGUGGUAGUCCAUCCUGUAUCUGGAUAAAUUAUUUACACACAGUGUUGUGUGGUUAUAUUCACCAGCAGAAAUAGCACAUUGAAAGAAUUCAGGGCCGUUUGUUUGAUGAUGUUUUUCUUUUUGUUUUUUGGUUACCCUUAAUCGGAAUUUGAUUGGUUUUGUUUAAGAAUUUCAAGAAAAGAGAAUAUAUUACAUUGUUAGCGUUAAUUUUGUCAUUUAAAGCAGGCUGAUGGAUCACAAUGCUGUACAUGACACUGUCCACUUCAGGAUAUUUGGUGACACAGUAAAUUACUUUUUUUCAUGUUAACUCAAACACAAUAACACGAUAAACAUUUUCACAAAAGAAUUGUUAGAGGAGCACUUUACAGCAUUCUAUGUGAUGUGGAUGGAUUUGUUCAUGUAUCGAGCCCACUUUAAAAUUGGAACAGAACUGUGCAAUUCAGGUGUAAUUUUAAUUAACACUGUCUCUGACAUCUGUAAGGGAGUACAAACAUAUUCAGCAAAUGUAAUUCUGAUAAAUUUAAUAUCAGAAAGGUGUGUGUAUGUGUGUGUGUGUGUGUGUGUAUGAAGACUAGCUAAGUGUCCUUAACACACCUUUGGUGAGUAGAAAGGCUAGCUCAGAGUAACCUUGUACAGAACCAAAGAAGAGCUACGAACAUUGCUAUGUAAUGUGACAUAAUGAUUUGUACAUAUUUGGGAAAAUAAAGAGCUGAAGAGAUCUGAA